AUGUCUGAAACACAACUUUCCGACCAAUAUCUUUACCAGAGCUCGCUCAAGAGUGAUCUGGAGAUUAAAGUCUCCUCUGGCAAGCACGUGCCUUUCGUUAUCGAUCUUAACCAGGGCUCAUACCAAAACGGUGUUAUUACUAUCGAUGCUACAUCCCAGCUUAAUGGAAGUGAAGGAUUUGCUUCGCUUCGCGAUGCCUACAUUAUGCUACCAUACAAGGUAUCGAUGAAAAACACUCAUGCUACUCUUGCUACGGCUGCAGCUAACCGUUUUUGCGUUUCGCUGAAGUGUGGAAACUGGAACGUCAUCCAUUCGAUGUCCUUGGAGCUAAAUGGUAAGACUAUUGUUUCUAUGGCUGACUAUAAGCUUUUCUGGAACAAUAUUCGUGCUCAGACUGGAUAUAGUCCUCAGUAUGUUGAAAAGCAUGAUGCUGAAUCUUUCCUGUAUCCGGAUGCUGCUCAAUCAACCAAGUACAGUGGUUCUUCCAAUCCCUCUCCCAAUGGAGACGGGUAUUCGAAUAAUAUGCCAAUUUCAACGACCUUUAACGCCGGGAUUAUCUCUGCUACGGCUUCGGUAGCAAAUGAUGCUUUUGCUAAACGCCUUCUUUCAAAUCCACCAAACGCUGGCGCUGACUCAUCUAAUACAUGGCCGUCUACGGGUGGCGCAUCUGCUACCACUACCAUUGCUAAUCAGCUUGGACGUGGUGCGUUCCUUGAUCUUAUGGCUAACCCUCAAAUCCGUCUUCGUUUUCGCGUUAAUCAGGGUACUGCUGCUAUUGAUAUUGAUAGUUCUACUAGAAUGACGUUAUCGAGUACUACUCUAUCAAGUGGUAAUACCUGUCCAGUACUGGUUGCUUCUGCGACUUCUCCAGCCCCUAUGUACAGUGUUCUUAGUGGUACUGGAUCCAUUGCUCUUUCUUGGGGUGCUGUCGUCAAUGCGCUUGAGCCUACAAUUGAUGGUACGUACAUGCCUUUCACGACUUCUAGACUGUAUGUUCCGUUUGUUUAUUUGGAGAACCCUCAGGCUAUCAUCUCGAAUCCAGUAAAAAAGGUCCGCUAUAACGACUGUUAUGCACAGUGGUUUUACCAGCGCGCAGGUAUUGGCAAGCAAUCGACUCAGCUUAAUGCUUCUUUCGAUCUACAGCUAUCCCAAUUUCAGAGUCCAUUUGAUAGCGCUCCUUGGACUCUUCAGCCUGGUUCGCGCAUUCGCAACUUCAAUGUCCGUAUCGGUUCGAUUCAGUGCUUUGAUAUCAGCCAUGAUUAUGACUUCCAUCAGUUCACUAAUGAGGGCGCUAAAAUUGGCUCGAUUAAUGGUGAUCUGACCCCUGAGCUCGUGAAUGGACUUCUUGACUAUCAGACUUGGUCGCUAACGAACCGUGUCCUGAUUGCUGAUGUAAGUCGUCUAACCGAACGUGAUGUUCCGCAGGCCAUUCAGAUCCAAGGCACAAACGCUGGUUGCCAGGGAACAAACAUGCUUGUAUUGGUUGUAAGCGAGCAGGAACUAAGCUAUGAUCGCCUCACAGGCGAAAUUUUAGAAUUCUCAACCGCGUAG